UCCGUCUACGCGCCUGUUGCCAUGACGCCGCAUCCUCGAGCUGCGGACUGGCAGACAGGAGGACCGAAUCUCCUGGAUGCCUCGCUAUGCUUCGCCAUGUCGCACCUGCCUGCCUUCUCGCCGCUGCUGGUGCUACUGCUUGUCGUCGAGUACGGGAAGGCAGGGAGCGGCAGGGCCGAGCCCGGGAGUCAAGGCAUCGUCGUCGUGGAGCAGCAGCGGCAGCAGCAGCCGGGCGGCAGAAUGGCGUCAGCGAGCGGCCCAGGCUCAGUCUUCACACUGAGGGUCCAAGUCAACGAUCUGAUGAGCCAUCAGCACUUGCGGCAGGCGGCUGUUGAAGUAUUUGUGAACCACUCAAAGACCAACUCGGGCUUUACGGAUGACGACGGCUCCAUUGUGCUGAAGGUCCCCUACUCACUGGGGCUGCCUCUCACCAUUGUUGCCCAUACGGACGGCUUUAUGCUAAAGCCACUGCCCUGGAAAACCAGCAAAAUGCCCAUCUUCUCGUCUGUGACUCUCUCAUUGCACCCACAAAGCCAAGGCAACAUCUGGCUGUUUGAAGAUUCUGUGCUAAUUACUGGAAAAUUAUCAGAUGGCAGGUCGCAGCCUAGUGUCCAGUUCGCAAAAGGCUUGCUGAAGCUGCCAGACCGGGCAAACAUGUCCAGUGUGACCGCUUACCUGACGCAGCCCCAGCUGCCCAUAGAAAGGGACUGCUUCCCAUACACCAUGGGGGUGCUCAGUCAUAAAUCAGGUUACAAGAGCUUUGAGCUGAAGCCCAUCGCAGCUCUCAGUGUGCAUCUGCUCUCCGGCGGCAAGAAGGUUAAAGUGGCUGGCCCAGUUCAGAUCCUGCUGCCACUGCCAGAGGGCACUCGCUUAGGGCCAGCAGAUACGAUUCCAGCCUGGACCUUUGACAUGAAAACCGGUGGCUGGCUGAGCCGAGGUCUGGGGACCAUCAGGCAGGAAGAGGAAGGCCUUGUGUGGUCUUAUGUGGCUCCACACCUGGGCUACUGGAUGGCGGCACCUCUGCCCGGGACUUCAGGUUCCUUUGGCCGCUCCUCAAUGGCGGACUUUGCUUUGUAUCACACGCACCUGCUCAUGGCAAUCCUGGCUGGGACUGUGCUUAUCGUCAUCGGCUUUUUUGCGUUGCUCUUUUGCUACUGCCAAGGCUCGGUUUGUGCCCCCCGAGGAAGGAAAUUAAAGGCGUCUAAAGCGGACACCUUAAAGAAGGACCAGACAACCUCCACUAACGGCAAGACGGAGGAGAAGCGACCUUCCCAGGAACACUGUGCCGAGGAUGGACGCCGUUGUCCUUCACAAGCCACAGCAAGAGCCCAACAGGCGGACGAGCACAAAGAGGUGCACCUGACUCUGAGCGAGGCGGUCUACGGACUGGCACACCUCUACAACCAGCCGGUCGCCAUCCUGCCAGCCCCGGAGCUCUUUGGCGCCUCGGAGCAGCUGGCCGGCUGCAAGUCUGCCACUUUGCCCAGGAAGGCCCAAGUUGCGUACAACAAAGGGAUGCCGUCCUCCAGCAAAGACAGCUACACACAAACGCUUCCCAAAAUGCCGGGGCUCCCUCACCUGCCAGGCGGCGAGGCACAGCAGGUCCUCGAGGGUCCACAAAGCUCGGCCUGCAAUCCCGGCGGCAGCUGGGGCAGGUACAGCAGUUUGCUGGAGUCGGUGUCCGUGCCGGGAACGCUCAACGAAGCCGUGGCCAUGGGCCCGUUUUGCAGUGAACUGCAGGGCAUCUCGGAACAGACGCUGAUGGAGCUGUCCAAGGGCAAGCCUUCUCCGCACCCCCGUGCCUGGUUUGUCUCUCUGGAGGGAAAGCCCGUGGCACAAGUGCGCCAUUCAAUUAUUGACCUGCAGAAAAAGCAGAGGCCUGGUGACAGUAAUGACACGAGCCUGGACUCGGGGCUGGACAUGAAUGAACAUCAUCCGGGUCGCAAACUGGAGCGAGAGAAGACAUUCCUGCAGAGUGUCCCUCAGAGCAAGGAGGACCUGCACUUGAGCAGCAGUGAGAGUGGCACCAGCAGUGGCAGUCAGGGCACGAGGAGGUUACGACUGAGCAAAGACAAGGGCAAGGCACAAGGAGAAAAGGGCAGCUGGCAGGGCAGGGAAGAGAAGCCUCUGGUGAACAUGAACUAGAUGACUAAAGCCAGGGGGGGCAGACUCACUGGACACGGCGGGCAGGGGGACGUGGCAUUUGCCUUUGCUGCGCCCCAGUCUCCGACUCGAGUGCGCCCGGCUGCUGCCCCGGACGUCUACACACAUCACAUCCCACCCGCUCCGGGGCUACAAGCACAAUUCCUCCGUUUCCCUUUUCUACACGACUUGUGUCGCUGCAUGGCACGGCAGGGGGUUGCAUGGCUGCAUGUCUCCAUUCGGGGUUCUCGUCAGUGUUUUAUACCAUCUUUUGUGUACUGAUUUACACUUUAAUACCAAUUAAAUGUUAGCUGCCACUUUUAA